CAUCACAUGUUUGAUUUAUAUACCUGAAAUACACUUAGAUAAUAAUUGACAAGUUCUGAAUUCGGAUAUGAAACGGAAGUAAUAGUGUUAACACCGGAUAAACAUAACCUGAGUAACCCGUCUGGAUUUGUGUUAUUUGCAGCCCUUGCUUAAUUACUUUAAAUAUAUUUACACAUAUAAAUGUGGUCGACCUCAGCUGAAAUCUUCAAGAGUUGAAACACAUCGGAGUGAAAGGUCAACAUGCAUCCUACACGAGAUCCCAAGGAUUUGACCCUCUUAGAAGUCCUAAACCUACCUCUCAGCACCGGGCAAUUUAAAGAAUGGCGUGAUAAAAAACGUCCGUACCGAUACUAUGAUACUCCUGAUGGUCAGGAUAUUGAAAAGAAAUUGUUUGUGGCCGCAAAAUAUGGUCUUGGCUUUGGAACAUUCUUAUCUAUAAUGGAUACAAGCCUAUAUUCGAACCACCUUUCAUUCUAUGCUAUGAUGAGUCGAGUGGCAAUGUUUAUUGUACCUUCGACAGCAAUGUUUACAAGUUAUGCAGCAGUAUCAUAUACUGCCUUAAAACUUCGAGGAAAAGAUGACGUCUUCAAUAACGCGUUAGGAGGUGUUGUUGCUGGAAGUAUCUAUGGCGUAUGGAUAAAAUCCGGGCGGCUUGGUUACACGGUCAGUGUAAUUCUUGCUCUGGCAGGUGCAGCACACAAGCAUGCCAACGACCUAGGAUUUAAACCGUUCAACUUGGAUAAUGUUAUUAAGGAGUACGGAAAUCACAGGGAUCCGUUUCAAGAUAGUAGUCUCGUUCCAAUUGGUGAGAAAGGUUGGACCACCGGACAUGAUUAAACUCAAUGUUGCUAUACUAGUGCUACUGUAAUAUGAAUGGAUGUUGUCAUUACCAUACAUCUGAUGUUACACUAUGUGAAAAAGAAAUAUAUAUACAUUUCUGAUUUUGCAUAGUA